AUGGCAGUGUUCGUUCCAGACUGCAACCCCCAAACAUCAUAUUUCACAUGGGUAUUCGUCAAUAAAGAGAAGGAGAUGAUGUUGGCACGCAAAACAUUUCCAAUGGCCAAUCUAUUGAUUCAAAUCGGUCGGACCGCAGCUCACAAAUCAGUAUAUCCCUUGACCGAAUUCCACAUAGAAGAGGGACAUUUAAAGCCGUGGCAUCUCAUAUUCGGGUUAUCAUCACGCAAAAUUGCCCUAGCAUUGGCCCCCUCUUCCACGUAUCUUCCGUCCACCGAAUCUUCAUUCGGACCUCGAAGCUCGGAAACCAUCACCAAUCAUCACGAUUAG